UCUAACCUAUAAUCGCUUAACCUAGUUGGAUCGAUCAAUCUUUGACACGAUAUUUCGAAUUUUAAAUGGAUUUGGAUUCAUGUCAUAAUUAUUCAAAUGACCACCCUGACAAAAAACGACGGUAAUUCAACUUCGAAAACAGAUGAAAUAAGUUUUAUACGUCACAUCAAAUAUGAACAUCUUCUAGCUGGUAUCAGUGGAGGAGUUGUUUCGACGUUAAUAUUACACCCUCUGGAUUUACUUAAAAUUCGAUUCGAAGUUAACAAUGGGCUGAAUUAUGAUCCAAAAUAUAAAGGUAUAAUAAAUGGUAUAAGUACCAUAUUCAAACAUGAAGGUAUAACUGGUUUAUACAGAGGUGCUAUUCCGAGUACAAUAGGAGCUGGCACCUCCUGGGGUUUGUAUUUUUGGUUUUACACUGCCUUGAAAACUUUCAAACAAGAUGGUGAUGUAAAUAGCCCCUUGACACCUGGUCAGCACAUGAUAGCUGCAACACAAGCAGGUGCCUUGACCAUUGUCUUAACCAAUCCAAUUUGGGUAAGUAAGACAAGAUUAUGUCUUCAAAGCAGAGCACCAUCACAAGUGGAACAGUAUAGUGGAAUGGUUGAUACUUUAGUGAAGUUGUAUAAGGCUGAGGGACUGCAAGGUUGGUAUCGUGGCAUCUUCCCAGGACUUUUGGGAGUAUCUCAUGGUGCUAUACAAUUCAUGGCUUACGAGGAAAUGAAAAACUCUUACAACAAACAUUAUGAUAUGCCCAUUACAUCGAAACUAGGUGUUGUCGAAUAUCUUGUGUUUGCAGCAGUAUCAAAGUUUGUUGCCGUUUCCAUAACAUAUCCUUAUCAAGUGGUUAGGGCAAGAUUGCAAAACCAGUUUUAUUCGUACAAGGGAAAUGUUGACUGUGUGAAAAAAACAUGGCAAAAUGAGGGUUGGAGAGGAUUUUACAAAGGUUUAGGAACAAACUUGUUAAGAGUAGUUCCUGCUACAAUGUUGACUUUUGUUGUAUAUGAAAAUACAUCCUAUUAUUUGAUUUCUGCGAGUCAAAAACAAUGAUUUUCAAGUGUACUCUUUACUAUUUUAAUUGUAUAGAUGUUUUACAAGAUGCAACUAAUAAUAGGUGAAUGUUUUUAGGUAAAUUUGUAUUGCCAAAUAUACAAAAAUUGUUUUGUAUUCUAAUAAUCUGUGAUUAACAGCUGUUGAUUGUUUUUAGUUUGUUAGUCAUUUGAUGAGAAAUAAAUCAUUGAGUUUG